AUGUCUAACUUGUGUGGUAGCUGUGGAGAGGAGAUCAGGGACGGAGCUUCCUGCUCUGUCUGCAAGUUGGAAUUUCACUUUCAGUGUGGAGGCAUUACUGAGGUAGGAUAUAGGAGACUAGGUGAUGGAAGAUUCACUUGGUGCUGUGCCAAUUGUAAAAUCUCUGCGCAACCUCAAGCAGUCUCGACAUCCGCCUCUACAUCACCUCUAGUGAAGAAGCCUGUUGAGUCGACUAUUCUGGAGGAAAUUAGAGCUGUUUCCUUAAAACUCGCCCCUUUAGAAUCUUUGGUAGAAGAUGUCAAAUCACUCAGAAAGGAAUUAUCGGAGCUGAGGUCCUCUUUCAGUGAAAUGAAUGGAGUCGUCGGUGAGUUCAAAACUAAAAUAGAGAAUUUUGAAUCCCGUCUGUCCAAGGUUGAAUCUGACAAUCAGAACAUCGUAGAACAGUAUAGUACUAUCCAAACUAGGCUGGAUAAGCUAGAGAGUGAAGCGGACGAUAACGAGCAAUGGUCACGAAUUAAUAAUGUCGAGAUUAAAGGAGUUCCUCAGAGGGACAAGGAAAACUUACACGAUAUAGUUAAUUCUAUUGGUCAUUUAAUAAACUAUACGGUCCAGAAAAAUCAAAUCAACUUUGUUACUCGCGUGCCAGUGCGAGAUAGUACUCAACCAAAGCCAAUUAUAUUGUGCUUCUUAAACCGUUACGCCAAGGAAGAUUUCAUCGCGGCAGCAAGAACCAAAGCCAAGGACCUAGCCAGAUCAAAAUCGUCUAUAACAUGUGCCAAUCUGGGCUUUAAUGGCAAUCAUAAAAUAUUUAUAAACGACCACCUCACUCCCAAAAACAAAGAUCUGCUGAACAAAGCUCGCAAGGUAGCCAAAGAUCAUAAUUUUCAAUACAUAUGGGUGAAGAGAGCUGUAAUUCAUAUACGGAAGGACAACACUUCACCAAUAAUUUAUAUCCGCAAUGUAAAAGACAUUUCCAAAAUAAUAUAA